AGGGUCAAGAGGUGGGCAUGUACUGAUUUAUUAUUGUAUUUUUAAACAAUGGAAAUGUGAGGUACAAACAUAAAAUAGAAAGAGUUAAAGAAUGGAGUGGAUUUUACGCUUUAGGUGGGGCACCGAACAUGGUUGAUUAAAAAUGUCCAACAAUUCCUAAGUUCCUCUCUCUCUCUCUCAGCAUCCCUUUUUUCCUCACAAUUCACAAAAAUGGCGGAAGUGGAGGGUCUGAGAUUCGACUCGUCAACCAAAUGGGUUAUAUUUGAGUUAAAGGGACUGCUGGUUCGCCUCAAAGGCACUGGGUUCGCCUGGGUUCGUCGAACCCAGGGCCGGCUUGGCUGGGUUCGUCAAACCCAGGGCUGGCUGGGUUCGUCGAACCCAGGGCUGGCUUCGUUGGGUUCGUCGAAUCCAGGGCUGGCUGGGUUCGUCGAACCCAAGGCUGGCUUCGCUAGGUUCGUCGAACCCAGGGCUGGCUGGGUUUGUCGAACCCAGCCCUGGGUUUCUUCUCGAACCCAGGUGCCUGGGUUUGGUUUGCACCCAGGCGCUGGGUCUCUUCUUGAAUCCGGGCACUGGAGAACCCAAGAGCUGGGAAGAUUCGAGAAAGAAGAUGCUGGAGGAAGAAGAUGAUGCAAAAUUGUAAGGUUAAAUGCUUAAUUUGGUCCCUUAACUUUAAGAAAUGAACAUUUUUGAU